CAAAGCUGUGUUGUAGAGUGUACUCAUACAUUGAUGGUGCGCGGUGCCGGCGUGCUGGCGGGUGGGUGGCACCGCGGCACGUCGUAGCGCCCACCGGCUCCGGCCCAAGUGUACAAGUAUGACAGUUGGUCGCGGCAGCGGCUCGAGACAGCGCGGGCGGUCACUAUCGCGUUUCCCGCGUGAAAAUCGCUUUCCCCGCGCUAGCGGUAAGCACGUGAACCAGUGUCCCGCCGGCCGCUCGCGUGACACGCCGCUCCUCGCGCAAACCACAUCAUCCUCCUCCCGCGGGACGCGUUCGCUCCCGCCGACCGCCCUCCCGUCACUGCGCCCACCUUGGACCCGCGCACAAAUACGGGCCCGCGGGGCAAUUUCCAAAACUUUUAAAAUAGAAUAGAACUCUUUUGUGUCAUCGAUCGCUGUAAAUAAUUGAGGAGACUGUCCUGCGUUGCUGCUAACGUGGAGAAUACGAUGCGAUCGAAGGCGGUGGCGAGGCGCCUGCAGGCGCAAGGCAAUGAGGAAGAUGGAGAGCCUUCAGCCAAUAAUGAUGAAAAUGCAGCGGCAGAUAGCCAGGAGUCUGGCAGCCCUCCGCCGAGCCCGACUGAUUCUGCCACGUCGGAACCUCCGCCCACCCUAGUUCACAUCAAGCAGGAGAUGCCUCCAGGAGGUGACAUCAAAGAAUACUAUGGUGCCAUUGACUUCGCACUCCCUGACACAUAUCUACCUUCCAACUUAGACUAUGGACGAUAUCUCCCUCGCUCCUUGGACUUCAAAGAAAAAUUCGACCAGAAAGAUGAAAAGGAGGAUUCUAAAGACAAUCUUAUAAGCACAGAUUACUCAUUAAGCAAAGAUUAUGAUUUGCCAAAUGAGUUAGCGUUGAAGGCUGGAGGCAUUUUUGCGAGAAGAAAUAUUAGUAGUGGAACGAGGUAUGGUCCCUUUAUUGGGAAAUGGGUGACACAGCCCCUGGAUAGGAGAUACGCUUGGGAGGUGCUAGGCAAGAAUGGCAUCCGAGGCUGGCUGGACGGCAGUGCGGAGAAGAUGAACUGGCUAAAGCUCGUCCGAUCUACCAACUACACGCAUGACGUCAAUGUGCAGCAUCUAUUACUAGCUGGCCAAGUAUGGUACAAGGUGACUCGUGAUAUUCAAUCCGGACAGGAGCUGCUCCUGGGCCCAAGGACUCCGCUGCCGCUACAGGACGUCCACACUACACCUGAUCGCCAAAGCUUCAACUCGUCGGGAGGAUCGUUGCCGCCGACAGAAGACGAAGAGCGCGAAGACGCUGAGCCACGUUGUUCAUUCUGUGACGCGCCAUUCCCUAAUAUUGACAUUCUCGACCGCCAUCAGAUUCAAGCACACGGGCAACCAGCAUCGGCAUUUCACUGCGAGCUCUGUAACCGCACCUACAGCUCCCGCGCACUUUUGCUGCGUCACCGUGCGCUCGCACAUACCGACAUCAGGAAGUACCCCUGCGAGAACUGCCCUAAGGUAUUUACCGAUCCUUCCAACCUUCAGCGCCACAUCCGCGCGCAGCACGUCGGCGCGCGCAGCCACGCGUGUCCCGAGUGUGGGAAGACCUUCGCCACCUCUUCUGGCCUCAAGCAGCACACUCACAUCCACUCCAGUGUCAAACCCUUCCAGUGCAAGGUCUGCUUUAAGGCCUAUACCCAGUUCUCAAAUUUGUGCCGCCAUAAGCGAAUGCACGUUGCUUGCCGUGCACUGGUCGAAUGCCAGAAAUGCGGCCAGUCUUUCACAUCAUACGCAUCUUUAACUAAACAUAAAAGAUUCUGUGACACUGCUACUGCUGCUAACGUUAACUUGCGAGGACCGCUUACCCAAGGAAUUCCUCAGAUUCCAUCCCUGCCAAACGUCGGGAUGAAUACUCCUAACAACGCAAAUCCAUUUUCUAUGUAUAGGGGCGCAGCCCUUCCACAUCCAUACAGUGCAUUUGCCCAUCACUACCCAGCACUAUUGUCUGCUGCUGCAGCAGCAUGCCCUCCAGAUUUUUUAAAUCCUUUUGGAUUAAUUAACGUACCAGGAGCAAAUGUGCUAGCCUCAAUGGAACAUAAGAUUGCAUUGUCUAAUGCUAACAUGGCAAAACAAGAAGGACGCAUGUCAGUGAAAAGCGUGGACAGCUCGACUUCGCUUGAUGAUGGAAAGAAAAAAGAAAUGGAUUUGGAUGAUAACAAACGCGAUAACGAUUCAGAUAGGACUUCGCCAAAAUCUCAGAGCAUGUACGCAAAGUCACCACCGUCUGUUGAAGAGCUUUCACAACCACGACCGUUGCCUGUUAUGCCUAUGACCACACCUAUCGUUCCAUUCAACUUUUCACGAGACGAGAUGAAACGAAAAUCUCCAUUUAGUUUCUCGUUAAAACAUACCAACAAUGACAUGGAAGGAGACAAAUUAGCGUCACCGAUUCCAAAAGAUUUAUCCAAAAGUGUAAAAGAGGAUGAGAAAAAUUCCGAGUACUCUGAUGUUGAAGAAGAACAGAAGAAAGAUAACGUUGAUCAGCCACUCGAUUUGUCUGUUUCACGAAAACAAAGCGAUAAAGAAUCUGAAGCAGACAAUGAUGAUCGUUCCCUUCGUAACUUAUCAAUCAAGUCUUAUUCACCACCUGAAAGUCCAGUAGAUCGCCAAAGCAAAACCCCGGAGAAUGAGACCACAGAUGUCGAUGUAGAAGAGGUGGAGACUAAACGAGAAGACUAUCCACCCAGGCUGACAUGGGAGGGCGUCAGGGUGUUUACCACACCUGUUAUUCCUCAACACAACAAUAGCUUGAACGAGGCUAUGUACCGGCCAAGAUUUCCGUCCUUCAAUUUAGCGUCUGAGAGUAUUUUGAACACUUCUCAUUCGCCAUACGUUCCGAGCCCGUUCAAUUUUUUAUCCCCUCUUCUCGGCACAGACGGCCCGGACAGACAACAGCAAUACGCAAAAUUUCGUGAACUGAGCACCGGUCCUGGGAAACUCCGUGACCGUUACGCAUGCAGAUAUUGCGGGAAAACAUUCCCUCGAAGCGCGAAUUUGACGCGCCAUCUCCGAACCCAUACUGGAGAACAACCUUACAAAUGUAAGUACUGUGAACGUUCCUUUUCUAUUUCAUCCAACUUGCAACGACAUGUCAGAAACAUACAUAACAAGGAAAGACCAUUUCGGUGUCCGUUGUGUGACAGGUGUUUCGGACAGCAAACAAAUCUCGACCGCCACUUGAAAAAGCAUGAGUCGGAGGGUGGAGACUCUCCGAGUUCAGCCGAGAUGGAACGUGAUGAGACUUAUUGCGACGAAAUAAGGUCGUUUAUGGGACGGGUAACGUGUUCACCUGGUGCACGAACUUCUCCAGCGACUUCUCCGCACGCACCUCCGUCACACCCGCCGCUUCGUCCUUCGGCACUUGCUAUAUCCACAUAGCCGCCGGUGUACCCGCUGCCGCCUCCGCCACCGUUGUGGCCACAUCCUUUCGUGUAGAGAUGUGAUGACUGUUCAAGUGUUCACUUGUAACGAUAUUUUAUUCUGAAUAUUGUUUACAAGAACAGUUUCGAACUGAGUGCGUAUGUUCGAGUAGGUACGUAUUUAUGACGUCUCUUUUAGCGCACCUAAGAGCAAUAUAGUAAUGGAUAGUCUUAGUUGAAGAUUUUCAUGAUUAUUAUAUCGCAUUAAAAUUUUGCUAGUGAAAUACGUGCAUAUUUAAAAGUUACAUGACAAACACUUUAUAUCAUAAGUAUAGGUAUCAUAAGGGCAUUAGUACAUAGAUUUAUUUCAAUAUUUGUUCCUAGUUUAAACUUUGUGAUCUAAGAUUGACAACGUAUUUCUUCACUGUACAUAAUUGUUCCACAUUACCUUUAACGAAUUGUAUAAAAUCUAUCUGUAAGUGUUUGUUUGCACUAAGGACUUAGUAAUAAGCAAAACAAAACAUUUUAUUUAUUUGAAAUUACAGAAACAUAAAUGAAUUGGCGACGAGGCGUAAUUAAUUUUUGUUUAGUCAAAAACCUACCAAAGUUUCCUUUAUAUUAGACAGUAUAGGAUUCAGUUGAAAUAUAGUAUAUUGAAAUUAAUUAAUAUAAAAUUAUUGGCACAAUAUUAUAUGAAAUCUAUUGUUACUUUUAACUAUUACGUAGCUACGUUUAGGGAGGAAUAUCAUUUAAAAUAUUUUUUGUUAAAUUUGUUAUUGUCACGGUUGUUGUAAAUAAAUUUGAAACCACAAGCAUAUCAUGCGUUUAGAUGAAAAAGCU